AUGCCAGGGAAGCCCAAGCACCUGGGAGUCCCCAACGGGCGCAUGGUUCUGGCUGUUUCAGAUGGAGAACUGAGCAGUGUGACAGGGCCCCAGGACCAAGGCCGGGGCAGCUCACUCAGCAUCCACAGCCUCCCCAGUGGGCCCAGUAGCCCCUUCCCCACUGAGGAGCAGCCUGUGGCGGGCUGGGCCCUGUCCUUUGAGCGGCUACUGCAGGACCCAUUGGGCCUGGCUUACUUCACGGAGUUUCUGAAGAAGGAGUUCAGCGCUGAGAAUGUGACUUUCUGGAAGGCCUGUGAGCGCUUCCAACAGAUCCCGGCUAGCGACACCCAGCAGCUAGCUCAAGAGGCCCGCAAUAUCUAUCAGGAGUUCCUGUCCAGCCAGGCGCUGAGCCCGGUGAACAUUGACAGGCAGGCAUGGCUCGGUGAGGAGGUGCUGGCCCAGCCCCGGCCAGAUAUGUUCCGGGCGCCACAGCUUCAGAUCUUCAACCUGAUGAAGUUCGACAGCUACGCACGCUUUGUCAAGUCCCCGCUGUACCGCGAGUGCCUCCUGGCCGAGGCUGAGGGACGCCCCUUGAGGGAGCCUGGCUCCUCACGCCUUGGCAGCCCAGACACAACAAGGAAGAAACCGAAGCUGAAGCCCGGGAAGUCGCUGCCAUUAGGCGUGGAAGAGCUGGGGCAACUGCCACCUUCUGAGGGCCCUGGGGGCCGACCACUCCGCAAGUCUUUCCGCAGAGAGCUGGCAGGUGGUGCCGCUGCAAACUUGCGCCGUGAGUCUCAGGGCUCUCUAAACUCCUCUGCCAGCCUGGACCUCGGUUUUCUCGCCUUUGUCAGCAGCAGGUCUGAGAGCCACCGGAAGAGCCUUGGGAGCACAGAGGGUGAGAGCGAAAACCGGCCAGGGAAGUAUUGCUGUGUGUACUUGCCCGACGGCACAGCCUCCUUGGCCCUGACCCGACCCAGCCUCACCAUCCGUGACAUGCUGGCUGGCAUUUGUGAGAAACGAGGCCUUUCUCUACCUGACAUCAAGGUCUACCUAGUGGGCAAAGAGCAGAAAGCGCUGGUCCUGGAUCAGGACUGCACUGUGCUGGCGGACCAAGAAGUGCGACUGGAGAACAGGAUCACCUUUGAGCUGGAGUUGACGUCUCUGGAGCGGGUAGUGCGAAUCUCGGCCAAGCCCACCAAGCGGCUCCAGGAGGCGCUGCAACCCACCAUCGCGAAGCACGGCCUGAGCUUGCAGCACGUGUGGCUGCACCGGCCAGGCGAGAAGCAACCACUGGAUCUGGAGAAGUUAGUAAGCUCAAUAGCUGCCCAAAGACUGGUUUUGGACACUCUCCCAGGUACUAAGAUCCCAGAUGCCGGUGACCUAUCCCCUCACUGCAGCCAGGGCGGCCUGCCCAGGGCUCAGGACAAAGCCGCCCGUUCCUCAUCACCACCCCCGAACCCUCUGGCUGCUAGAAAGCGACAGACCUGUGACAUUGAAGGCCUGGUGGAGCUGCUGAACCGGGUGCAGAGCAGUGGCGCUCAUGACCAGAGGGGCCUUCUGCGUAAAGAGGAUCUAGUGCUUCCAGAAUUUCUGCAGCUGCCCACCCGGGAGCCCAGCACUCAGGAUGCCCCACCACAGACGGAAUCAGAGGCCCAGUCCAAGAGCAGCUGUGUGGACUCCACUGCGCACUCUGCCCUCUGA